ACCUGUGUGGGGCGCGGGCUGCGGGCGUUUGGGCGUUUUGCAUUUUAUUCGUAUCGGUGCGUUAGCUUGGCUCCCCUUGAGGAGGGGCUUCGGAUGUAAAUGAUUCAGACGAAAGUCUGAUUGCAAUCAAGAAAACAUUGGACUUUCGGUCUGCUGCGUCAAACUUAAGUUUUUUGUAUCGAGUGGUAUACCAUGAAGGUAGUGUCGAAUGUGAAACUUCUAAGGUGAAUAAGACGAAGUUAAGGUAAAUUUGAUCCGAGGAGACUGAUUUUUACUCAGAAAAUUGUGGCAAAUUGUGCACCCGCUUUUGCAAGAUGGCUGUGAGCGCAGAUGCAUCUGGCACAAACAAGACUUGGGAAUUGUCGCUUUAUGAGCUUCACAGGACACCACAAGAGCCAGUCAUUGACAAUACUGUUAUUGCAGUAUCCCCUCGCAGCUUGCACAGUGAGCUGAUGUGUCCCAUAUGCUUGGACAUGCUGAAAAAUACCAUGACCACAAAGGAGUGCUUGCAUCGGUUCUGCAAUGAAUGCAUCAUUACUGCCCUCCGGUCUGGCAAUAAAGAAUGUCCAACUUGUCGGAAAAAGCUGGUGUCUAAGAGAUCUCUGCGACCAGAUCCCAAUUUUGACAAUUUGAUUGCCAAGAUUUACCCAAGUCGCGAUGAGUAUGAAGCUCAUCAGGAGCGUGUCCUGGCAAAGUUGAACAAGAGUCAUAGCCAGGCUGCCCUUGUCAGUUCAAUUGAAGAGGGCAUCAAGAUUCAGGCACAGAAUAGGCAAAACAGGAAGAAAGCUGUUGCAGAUGAUUCCAGCAAUCCAGGAAGUCAAGCACCACCCACACCAGUGGAAGCUGCUCCCCAGGGCGGCGCUGCCGAGCCUGCUGCCGAGCAGCCGGCGCCGGCUGCCGCCCCGGUGCCGAGCGCGCCGCCACCCGCCAAGCGCGCCAAGCUGACCUCGGAGAACGAGUCGUCCGGCCUGGAGGCACCCUCGACCAGCAACGACGGCGAGGCGGUCGACGAGCCGGCCGUGCCGGAAAUCGAGCUGGUUUUCAAGCCGCAUCCGGUGGAGAUGGCCGGCGACGUGGCCCUGCUGCGCGACCUCAAGGAGAAUGCCGUCCGCUACCUCAAGACCACGGCCAACGCCACAGUGGACCACCUGACCAAGUACCUAAUGAUGCGGCUGCCGCUGGACCUGGAGUCGCCGCUGGCCGGCAACCUGACCAACUUCAGCAUCCAGGUGUCGCCUGCGGCCGGCCAGUACGUCACGCUGCCGGGCGAUCUGACUCUGGACCAGGUCAGCGAGCGGCACUGGCGCGUCGGCCGGCCGCUCGAGCUCGUCUACGCCUGGAAGAAGUGAGCAGCGCGACCGGCCUUUGGAGCUGGAGCCGGCCUCGGGAGCUGGCGCGUCCGCCGGCCAUCGGAGCUGGAGCCGGCUUCGGGAGCUGGCGUGUCCGCCGGCCACUGGAGCUGGAGCCGGCCUCGGGAGCUGGCGCCUCCGCCGGCCACUGGAGCUGGAGCCGGCCUCGAGAGCUCGUCUGCGCCUGAAAGAAGUGAGCGGCGCGGCCGCGGCAACGCUCCUCCCCGACUCGCCUCUUUUGGGUGAAAUGAACCCUUUCUCUUGCUCGGACUCGUCCUCCGGGAGUGGGCCGGACAGCUGCUGUCGCUGGCGGCUGGCAGUCUCUGUCUGCCGGGGAGGAGCGGGCCGAACGGCCAGACUCCUGGGACAAGCGGAGCUCGUCUCUCAGGGGGCCUGACCGGACGAGCUCGGCCCAGCCUCUGGCGCCAGGCGGACGUGCCCCAGCCCGGCCGUGGCGGGCCCUCCCAGAGCGUCGCUGUCCCGGCUGGCGUCCACAGUCGCUCCGUGGGCCGCCGGCGACAGCGCGGACGCGACACCGCUACGGCUGCGUGCCGGUGUCCAGGCCUUUUCUCGCGAACGGUCCGCGGUGGCCGCCUGUUCUGUGCUCGACCGCAGGGCGCACGCCGUCCCGCCGAUUAUCGUUGUCCGUCGUGUGCUCGACUGUAUUGUGUGAGUUGUGUGGGCCUGACUGUAUUGUCGGACGCUCGGCGGCCUUCGUCAGCUUGACGGGCCCUGGGCGACUGUCGGCGGCGUCCUGCCCGCAGCUUCCGGGUGAGAGUGUGUGUGUGUA